GUUAGUGCGGAGGAAUAAAUGUACGACAAGGAUGUGCGACGGGCGUUUAUUCGUGAAAGCUACGGACAGGAAGAUGGGGACACGUUAUGAGGGUAUUAUGGGUGAACGGUGACUUCGCUGCUCCACCUGCGGACACGUCGCGGAUUUCUAGUCGGAAUCACUUCCUUAUUCCCCCUUCAGAGGAUUGACGGCUGGCCUGACAUCAUUGGCUUGAGGUUGGGAAUGAAUCAUCGCCUUCAUCAUCAUCAGGGGGGGUUCAGGGAUGCUGUUACUGUCACUGCACCCUUAAAUUACCACAGAUAGACCCCUUAAACGAGGCUGUGUGUCUGCUCUGAUUCCUGCGCCGUGUUUGGAGUCAUGGAAGAAAUCCUGCGGAAGCUGCAGAAGGACGCGUCCGGCCACAAACACAAAGGCAUCCGCGAUGCCUGCGUGUACGCCUGCGAAACCCUGGAGUCGCAGAACGGAUCAGCCAAGAUUUCUCCUUCGCAGCUCCGAGAGCGCUGUCUGCUGCCUCUCCAGAUGGCUCUGGAAUCUAAAAACACCAAACUGGGACAGACUGCUCUCCUUGGCAUGCAGAAGCUCCUGUGUGACGACCGGCUUGUGGGUGGCGUCGCUGUGGAGGUGCUGGAGAAACAGCUGCUUUACCAGAUGUUGGAGGCCAUCAGAGUCACCCCGUCUCUCCAUGAAGACUUGCAGGUGGAAGUCAUGAAGGUCCUGCUGUGCAUCACUUACUCACCAAACUUUGACAUAAAUGGCGACUCCAUCCUGCGGAUUGCUCGGGUGUGUAUUGAGACCUACGUGUCCAGCUGUCACCAGCGCAGCAUCAACACGGCGGUUCGAGCCACCCUGAGCCAGAUACUGGGGGACCUGACGCUCCAGCUGAGGCACAGACAGGAGGGCGCAGAAGGAGAUGAAGUUACUGCGACGCCUUUGCAGAGAAGAGAUAUUUCUCCAACCAGCCAGGCGCUGUGUGAGGACGUGGUGACGGUUCUGACAGUUUUCUGUGAAAAGCUGGAGUCUGUGGACAGCGACAACCAGCUUCUGCAGCUGCUCUACCUGGAGUGCAUCCUCUCCAUGCUCAGCAGCUGCCCUCCCACAAUGCACCUGUCCAGAGGUUUCACCGACCUAGUGUGGAAGCAGCUGUGUCCCUCCCUGGUGGCCAUCAUGGGGAAUCCCGUCAAUGACAAAACAAUCACUUCUCACCAUAGCCACAUGGGGGCGCCAGACCGAGACCGGCUCUCUGAGAGACUCAGUCCAGGAGUCAACCCAGAGGUGGAGUCCUCCUCCAGUGGAGGAGUGUCAGAUCAGGGCCGAGGGUCCGGGUGCUCCUCCAGCGCCCCUGCCAGGAUCGCGCCUGUGGUGAGGACGGUGUGUUACAUCGCAGCGGAGCUGGUUCGCCUGGUGAGCUGCGUGGAGUCCAUGAAGCCGGUGCUGCAGUCGCUCUACCACCGGAUCCUGCUGUACCCACCCCCACAGCACCGAACCGAGGCCAUCCGCAUCAUGAAGGAGAUUCUAGGCAGUCCACAGCGCCUGUUUGACCUGGCCGGACCUUGCGUGGCUGAACCUGAAACCAGAAAGCGCUCCUUCUCCAAGAGGAAGUCCCAUCUGGACCUUUUAAAGCUAGUGAUGGACGGGAUGAUGGAGGCUUGUGUUAAAGGAGGCAUCGAGGCAUGUUACUCCUGUGUUUCCUGUGCCUGUGCUCUCCUCGGUGCGCUGGAUGAACUGUCACAAGGCCACGGCAUCCAACCUGAGCAGGCUCGGCUCCUUCUCAGGCGCCUGGACGACCUGAAGGAUGGAACCGAGUCCACUCGUGAGUCCAUGGAGAUCAAUGAGGCCGACUUCAGGUGGCAGAGACACAUCCUGUCCUCAGAGCAGCCUCAGUGGGACCCCAGCUCUUUGUCCUCUGUCAUGGGCACCCCCGGGGCCGCCGAGCGCAGCCCUGAUAUCAGCAUCAGCAUCACCACAGACACGGGCCAAACCACAUUGGACUUAGAGAUGGGGGAGCUGGGCCUGGGUCAGGGCCAAACCACUCCUGGGGAGUGUGGGGAGGAUGUCCGACUCCCCUUGCCUUCAUCCUUUGGCGGCCUGGAAAACAAACAGGAGGCGUGCCUUAGGACGGACCAGGGUGGAGAGAGGGAGGGGGGAGGAGGAGGCAGUAAGGGGGAGACUGAGGUGCGAGGAGAGAAGGAAAGAAAUAGUGGAGAAAGAGGAGGUGUGGUUCCCCCCGAUGUGGUGCAGAGGAGUCACGCGCUCGUCUACCCCGACAUCACCAACUUCCUGUCUGUGGAGUCCAGAACGAGGUCGCACCACGGAGGGGGAUCACGUUACAGCGAGAGCAACUUCAGGUACAGCAUGGAAGAGCAAGACUUGUCUCGGACAGAGUUCGACUCCUGCGAUCAGUACUCCAUGGCCGCUGAGAAAGACUCUGGCCGCUCCGACGUGUCCGACAUCGGCUCCGACAACGCGUCUCUCACCGAGGAAGAGCAGCAGACGCCUCGUGACUGCCCGGGCCACCGCUCCCUACGCACCGCCGCCCUGUCCCUCAAACUGCUCCGCAACCAGGAGGCCGACCAGCAGAGUGCCCGGCUGUUCGUCCAGUCGCUGGCAGCGCUGCUGCCCCGCCUCCUGGGACUGGCCUCUGCCUCCGAGGUGGACCUGUCCCUGCAGAACUUCUCCUCCACCUUCUGCUCCGGACUGCAGGCUGGCGGGAUCCACUCUCCAGGUUUUGAAGCAGGCGACUGUCUGAGCUGCCAGUCCCUGAUGAAUGCAGAUGGUCUCUACCUGGUGUCGUACUACGCCCUGCUGCUUAAUCUCAAACUCUGCUGCUGUGAUUACUACAGGCGGCGAGCACUCGCACCCGUCCUUAGUCUGAAGGAGUUUGUGCGUCUGAUCCAAAGCAGCGGCGUGCUGGUGGUUCUAUCUCAGGCCUGGAUCGAGGAGCUUUACCAGCAGGUUUUGGAGCGCAACCUGCUGGCCGAGGCCGGGUACUGGGGAUCCCCAGGAGACCACGCGCUGCCCCUCACCACCAUGCUGACAGAUAUUGACGGCCUGGGUAGCAGUGCAAUCGGGGGUCAGCUGAUCAGGAGGCCGUCCAGCCAAUCACCGCUCACCUGUGACAAGGCUGGCAGCGACACUGUGACAGCAGGAGCUGUGUUUGCUCGCUUUAUCCUCACCGGUGUGUGGAAGAACCUCAUUGAUGUGCUGUCUACACCACUAACGGGACGCAUGGCGGGCAGCUCCAAGGGCCUGGCGUUUAUCCUGGGGGCAGAGGGGCUUAAAGAGCAGAGCCAGAGAGAAAGAGACACCAUCUGCCUGAGUUUAGACGGUCUACGCAAAGCUGCCGCACUCAGUUGCGCCCUGGGUGUGGCUGCAAACUGCGCGUCGGCUUUGGCUCAGAUGGCCGCUGCUUCCUGUGUGCAGGAAGAGAAGGACGAGAAGGAGGCGGGAGAGACGGGGGAUGCCAUCACACAAGUGAAGCAGCGUGUUGAGCAGCGUCUGGAGCAGAUGGGUCGUCCUGCGGGAGUUCGCCUCCACACGGCUCAUGUGUUGUGCAUGGACGCCAUCCUGAAUGUGGGGCUGGAGAUGGGCAGCCACAACCACGACUGCUGGCCUCAUGUCUUCAGAGUGAGCGAGUACAUCAGCUCGCUGGAGCACACCCACUUCGGCGACGGCUCCUCGCAGCCAUCCUCCCUGACCACCAUCACCCAGCAGAGCCAGCAGCCGGCCGGCGUGGACCUGGGGCUGGAGCUGAGCUGCGAGCCCAGCCCGGAGGCGGCGGAGCUGGGCCUGAGCCGGCCCGUCAUCCAGCCACUGACCAUCCAGGAGCUGCUGAAGGAGGGCUGCCGAGGAGGCCGAGGCCUGGAGCUGAGGAGCGGCAGCCUGAUGAGCGGGACCAGCGCCGCCAAGGCCGUAUGCACGCUGUCCACCCAGGCUGACAGGCUGUUUGAGGAGGCGGCUGCCAAGCUGAACCUGGUUGGUCUGGUCGGCUUCCUGCAGCAGCUCAGAAAAGCUUCGCAGUCUCAGCUUUUUGAUUCUGUGACAGAAACCGGAGACUAUUCUCUGGCGAUGCCAGGAGAAGCCAAGUCAACGUCAGAGCAGCGCAGCGCUCUGCAUCUCUUCCGCCUCGGCGAGGCCAUGCUGCGAAUCGUCAGGAACAAGAAUCGACCCCUGCUGCACAUGAUGAGGGCCUGGAGUGUGGUGGCGCCACACCUGGUAGAGGCGGCGUGCCACAAAGAGCGCCAUGUAUCCCAGAAGGCCGUUUCCUUCAUCCACGACGUCCUGACGGAGGUGCUGACAAGCUGGGCGGAGCUUCCACACUUCCACUUCAACGAGGCGCUCUUCCGACCGUUUGAGCACAUCAUGCAGCUGGAGCUGUGCGACGAGGACGUCCAGGACCAGGUGGUCACAUCCAUCGGGGAGCUGGUGGAGAUGUGUUCCCCUCAGAUCCUGUCAGGAUGGAGGCCUCUGUUCAGCGCUUUGAGGACCGUCCACAGCAGCAAAUCCGAUACCAAAGACUACCUGCUUGGGGAAUACUCUAUGGGGAAGUCUCAGGCGCCGGUGUUCGACGUCUUUGAGGCUUUUAUCAACACAGACAACAUCCAGGUUUUUGCCAGCGCUGCCACAGACUACAUCAUGUGCCUGAUGAAGUUCGUCAAAGGCUUGGGAGAGAUGGACUAUAAGGAGAUCGGAGACUGUGUUCACGUGUCUGGUUGCAGCUCCACUGACCUCUGCCUUCCUGCUCUCGACUACCUGCGUAAAUGUUCGCAGCUGCUGGCGAAGAUCUACAAGAUGCCGUCGAAGCCAGUGUUCCUGGGAGCGCGGCUGGCCAGCCUGCCAACCAGAUCCCAGGAGCGCUCCAUCAGCAGUGAGGACGGGAUGGACUGCGUCCUGCAGGAGUUCGAUGACGACACGGGUCUGAUCCAGGUGUGGAUUCUGUUGUUGGAGCAGCUCACGGCGGCCGUGUCAAACUGCCCCCGACAACACCAACCUCCAACCCUGGAGCUGCUGUUCACUCUGCUCAGAGAGGUCACCACUGUGCCAGGUCCGGGGUUCGCCAUCUUCUGCGUCAUCCAGCUGCUGCUUCCUGUGAUGUCAUUGUGGCUGCAGCGUAGCCAUGGCGACCACUCGUAUUGGGAUGAAGCUGCAGCAAACUUCAAACACGCCAUCGGCCUGUCGUGCGAGCUGGUGGUUGAGCACGUCAACAGUUUUAUUUACUCAGACAUCGGCUACGAGUCGCUCAUCAACCUGAUGCUGAAGGAUCUCUUCAAGCUGCUGGUGGCCUGUGUGUCCGAGCCUGCAGAGACCAUCUCCAGGGUGGGCUGCUCCUGCAUCAGGUAUGUGUUGGUCACAGUGGGUCCGGUGUUCACAGAAGAAAUGUGGAGGUUGGCCUGCUGUGCUCUGCAGGACGCUUUCUCUGCUACGCUAGAGCCGGUGAAGAACCUUCUAGCCUGUUUUCAUAGCGGCUCAGACAGUUUUUCUGGAGAUGCUUGCGAGGUGAAGGUGGCGGCUCCGUCUCACUCGCCAUCAGCUGAGGCAGAGUACUGGCGGAUCAAAGCGAUGGCUCAGCAGGUCUUCAUGUUGGACACCCAGUGCUCUCCCAAGACGCCCAACAACAAGGAUGGCUUUGAGCAUGCUCAGUCCUGUGUGCUCAUCAUUGAGCUGCCGUCUGACCAGCAGUCCAACGGACAUGCUCAGAAGAGGAAAAUUGGGAUCCCCUUCCGGACCAUCGUGGUGAGCCUGCUUUCCCACCAGGUUCUGCUCCAAAACCUCUAUGACAUUCUGCUGGAGGAGUUUGUCAAGCAGCCUGAUGGCAACGAGAGGGUCACGCCAGUGACCGCUGACCCCAGCAGACCCACAGCUGGCUUCCUGCGCUACAUCUCUAUGACAAAUUUAGCCAUAAUUCUGGAUCUACUGCUGGAUUCUUACAGAACAGCUCGGGACUUCGACACUCGGCCGGGUCUGAAGUAUCUGCUGAUGAAGGUGUCAGGUGUUUGCGGAGCAGCAAAUCUUUAUCGUCAGUCCGCCAUGAGUUUCAACCUGUACUUCCAGGCCCUGCUGUGUGCCACAUUGAGCCAGGCUGAAAGCAUGACAGCACAGCAGGUGAAGAGGAUCCUGUAUGAGGAAGAGGAGGGGAGCUCUGACUCCUCUCAUCCUGGCUCCGCCUCCUCCGAGGACGAAGACAUCUUUGAGGAAACGGCUCAGGUGAGCCCUCCUCGUGGCCGGGAGAAGCGGCAUCAGUGGCGAGCCCCCGUCCCGUCGCUCAGCGUGCAGCCGCUCGGCAGCGCCGACUGGGCCUGGCUGGUCAAACGCCUCUACAAGGUCUGCAUGGAUCUCUGCAACAGCUACAUCCAGAUGCACAGAGACCUGGAGAGCACGCUGGACGAGGCGCCGCUGCUGAGAGGAGGCGACCACGUCCUCUUCCUGCCUCUCUUCCAGUCUGAAGCCUCCACCCCGACAUCAGCCGGCGGCUUCUCUGCGAAAGGGACGCCAUCAGACGAAGGCGGGUACAGGUAUCAGAUGGCAGACCUCAGUGCAGCGUCGCCAGGGGAUCCUUCCACACCGAGCCCCAGAUUCAGCUUCACGGGCAGCCUGCCCCAUCACUUCCGGACCGGAGGACAGAGGAGUGACUCCAGCUUCACAGGAAGCUCGGUGGGAGGAGCCUCUAGUAGCGCUGGAUCAGGAAGGAGGAAGGAAUGGUGGGAGAGUGCCGGCAACAAGCUGUACACCAUCGCCACGGACAAAACCAUCAGCAAGUUCAUGAUGGAGUACAAACGCAGGAAGCAGCCGCAGCAGCCGCCGCCGCCGCCGCCACAGAGCCACAUCAACCUGUUCAUGAAGGAGCAGGGCCGGGCGGCGGCAGGAGGAGGCGAGAGGAGGGGCCCCGGGGAGCCGCAGAGACCUCUGCAGAGGCCCCAGCAGCUGGUGGACCAGCAGGGGCCCCCACUGAGGCACUCGGUCAGCGCGGGGCCGGAGGUGCUGAGGCAGGAGAAAAGGCCACGGUCAGGGUCCACCAUCAGCUCCCAGAGCAUCUCUCUGAGGGACUCGGAGGCGCAGAUACAGGCCUGGACCAACAUGGUGCUGACUCUCCUCAACCAGGUCCUCCUGCUGUCAGACUGCUCCUUCCUGGCUCUGCAGCCGGCGCUCUACCCCUGCCUCAGCCAGCUGUCCUGCCACGUGACGGACGGCCGCGUCCGCCAGGCGCUGCGUGAGUGGCUGGGCCGGGUCGGCAGACUCUAUGACAUCACCGUGUGACGCCGCGGCGACGCAGACGGCUGGACGGAGAGAAACGUGACGGGAAGUCGCAUCAGGCUGGAGGGAGGAGAUGGAUCCAGUUGGCUUGGAAAGGAUUCUUUAUAGGAGGGUGUAAAUGUGCCGUUUAUGCUUCUGCUCCUCGGUUUUUAACCUUUUCUUGCUGACCUCAAAAUAUUCAAGAAAACUUCAGAACUUUUGGGAUCAGGUGUCGCUACAUGUGCAUCGUUGCUCUUCUGGUUUUGCUGAUGUUAGUGAGGUUAAGAUACUUUCCAGCUCCACCUUUCAGAUGUUUGACCUCUGCAACGUCUCCCGUGCUCCGUCGCCGCUCUGGUCCUGUGUGUUUUGACAGUUUUCCUCUCAGCAGCCUUGUGUGAAGUCACGACAUCAGAAAAAUGGCCGCCGCAGUCUUUAAAUGUUGGGAGAUCGGGUCUUAAAUAAAUGACUGCUGGGAUGAAAAAUCCCUGUUUCAAAAUGAGGUCAGUGGGUUUCCGGCUGGAAAUAGAAAGAGUUUAUUUCUGUUACUGCUUCAGAACCACAGCGAGCAUCUAAUCCGAUUCUACAGCCUGGAUUUUCUGGAUUCAGCUUUAAUGUCGUCACGUUCACUGCAACGCUGAAGCUGGAACCAUCACCUCUUUCUUCUAACCCAACACAACACACACUUCCUGUAUGCUCAUGCUCGAUGUUACUUCCUGCUGACGUACACAUGUACAUGUAUUUAUUUGCGUUAAUGAAGAUUGUGGAUGUUUUGUGAGCAGCAGGUUAAACUAAAUGUGUUUGACAUCCUGGGUUUUACUCUGUUUCAUCUGAAGUGGAACCAAAUACAGCGGCAGUGAUGGAUGGUGGCGUCUC